AACAAACUAACAUGAAAACAUUUUAUAAUAUAAAUCUGUUGAAUGGGUCAAUCAAUUACACCAAUAAAUUGGAAUAAUUUGGAUGAAGUUUAUUACAUCGUACCUGCAAAGUAUGAGCAAGCAGUGAACAAAUGAGUGUGUAUGUAUAUUUUAAAGUAGAUUUAUAAAUCAUAUUUAAUUGUGAUUUAACAAUAAUAAUACAGUGAAAUGUGUGAGUUUAAUAAACUAGUACUUUCUACGGUGUUUUGUAUAAUGGCUGUAAAUCCAGUGCUUACAGGUUAUUCAUGGAUCGAUUCAAAACAACAAUGGAAGCAACUUCAAAAGAAUCCUGUAGAGCCAACACAUUUUCCAUUGCCAGAAUUCGACAUGACAAAAUCAUCACAAGUGUCAGUACUCGAAGGACAAAUAGCUUAUUUGCCAUGUGUUGUACGAAAUUUGGGAGACCGUGUGGUUUCUUGGAUAAGAACUAAAGAUUUACACAUAUUAACAUCAGAUAUACAUCAAUAUACAUCUGAUACACGUUUUGAAACAAUGCAUCCAUUAAAUUCAGAUACAUGGGCACUUAAAAUAAAUGCAACAAAGCUAACAGAUUCUGGUUUUUAUGAAUGUCAAGUAAAUACUGACCCGAAAAUAAAAUUUCCAGUUGUAUUAACAGUUAUAGAUUCUGAUCAGCUACAUGAUUCACCAUAUAAGACACGAUCCUGGGGCAGUGAUAGUAAAAUAGCAAGAAUAUCAGGACCGCGUGAACAAUAUGUACGCGUUGGAUCAACAGUCACGUUUACAUGCGAAGUGUCCCCAAUGGACAAGAGGAACACAAAUACUGGUAGUGAUAAUGAUAGUUAUUCUCCUUCUUCUACACUACCUUCAAGCAGUAAUUUUACCAGUUUAAUGGCAACAUCAACAAUAUAUCCAAGAAUUCGGCAUGCACCUAUUGUUUGGACACAUCAGGGACGAUUAGUUUCAUUUCAGGCAGCAAGAGGUGGUAUUUCUAUGGAUACCGAUUACAGUGAUAUGAUUUCAACAAGUCGUCUGACUAUAUCAAGGGUGACAACAGAGGACGCUGGAGACUAUACAUGUGUACAAGGUGAUACUAAACCAGCUACUGUUAUACUAAAGCUUGAAGAAAGUGAACAUACAGAAGCAAUGCAACGUGAUAUGGCCAUGGGUGAAAACAAAGCUCAUAGUCAUCAAAUUUCACAACUAUUAUUAUUUUAUAUUGUAUUUCUAUUGUACAUUUAUUAAAAGAUAUGUCUGGUGUUAUGCCAUCCAAUCCAUACGAAAAUUGUUUUACAUGUAAUAAAAAAAAUAUUCCAUUUCUGUCCAAUAAAUAAGUUUCUCUUUUUGUAA